AUGGCUUGUUUGUGGCUCGAGCUCUAUACCGCAAAUGCCCUCCUCAAUGACCUUGGUAUGGUUUCUUGCGCUGCCCAAACUAUCCUAAAGUCGUGGUUCUCGCGGUUCAGAGGCUCGCGGCUCCUCCGAUUGGUCGGCCUCCCUACAGCCCUUCUAGCCCUUUACCUCGAAGUCUACGGCAGCUCCCCAGCCGCCGCCUCGCUUAUUCUUCACCGACUCGCUCGUCGCGUUUGCCUUUCCACCAUCCUCUGUACACUGAAGAAGGGCCACGACAUGAGCAAUUCAGAUUCAAUCUUAGAUUUGGGACACGUAGACUCCAUGGACGGAGCACAGACACCAACCCUGCAUGACAAAGGGGUGGACCCGUCAUCCCAGACAAAAACAUCUGACGCCUCCAUUUCAAACGUUCUUCCUUCACCCUCACCAUCACCGGCAAUGCCGUCGCACUCGCGUUCCAGGACGGUUGACGUCGUCAGGCAAGGCAAACGCUUGUCACUCCAAUUUCCAAUCCAGCCUGCUACCAGGAGUACAUCACCAACCUCGUCGACCCGGUCGCGCCCGCAAUCAUGGUACAAUGGCGGCAAUCACGUUACUGCACUUGAACCCUUGAACACAGCACUGGCCAACUCCCCUCCAACCCAAUACGACGACGAUGGCUCCAACCUGUGGAUGCAGAAAGAGAUGGAGCGCAGAAAGAGUCUACUCAGCCAUACGAGGACGACACAGCGCAAAGUGUUUAGUGGUUCCAGGCAUCUACGUACAUUGUCGCUACUCUCGCCCGACCGUACCGACUCACCUGCGUUACUCCAGCCUCUCGACCUACAGGAUCAGCAGUCGCCUAGUUCACGACCCCAACUCAGUGCACGGUCUACUUCGGCAGACAUCACACGUCAAGUGGUGACUGCUGGUGACCAUGAUCGCUAUGAGAUGGGUGGUAUGCCAACCAUACAGCGUGAACAGCUCAUUCGCGCCGGCACACAGAUGGCGACCGACUUCAAGAAGGGUCUGUUCACAUUCAUCGAAGAUAUUCGGCAGGCUACGGUUGGUGAUGAAGCCGUUAACCAUGCCGAUGGUAUUGCCGGUGGGCCAAGCGCCAAGGGCUUGUCCAAGCACAACCGCAAGACAUCUGAUGUCCGCCCACCCCUUACUCGGUCCGCUAGCUCCAAGAAGACGCAACCGCUGGGCUCUGUUGGCGAUGACUUUUGGAAGGAGAUGGGGUUGAGCGAGCCCAAGACCAAUGCGGUCAACAAAAAGACGCACGCUCUCAAAAACACUAGUACCCCGCAAAAACAAAUUCGCAAAAUGGCCUCGGAAGAAGAGUGGGAUAACUGGGACACCCCCAGUGAGUCCCGCGACAACGCCAAUGAAUCCCUAUUGCUAGACUUGGCCGACUCCAAGGACAGUUCAGACGAUUCGGAUGCGCCAACCUCGCCAGUUUCAGGCCCAGCCAGCUCACGAACCAGCAUCAGCACCAGAUAUCACUCUCGGCGCCACGAUUCCAAGGCAUCGUCGCUCACCUCGAUCAACCAAGACGAUAUCACGCCUCGCGAAGUAAAGCGCAGCUCAAUCCCGUGGCCUGAUAUGACCAAGGUGUCGCCCAGCAAUCUCAAGCGUACUGCAUCACACCUAAUGAGGGAAUGGGAGAAGCAACUGACGCCGCCUCCAGAGUCAAGGGGCCAGGACUACUCGCACGGCGAUUACAUGAACUAA